AUGUUAUUUUUAUUGAUAAUACAUUAUUUUAAGUGUGAGCAGAUUCUUUUUAACAACAGUUAUAUCACAGAAAUUAACAAUAUGAGUUUUACUUUAAAUCAAGCAAGCCUCUAUUUAAUUUAGGUAUCAGUUAAAUUUCUAUCUAAAAAGUUAUAAAUUGUUGAAUUUCCAAAAGAUCAAAGAUUCUCAUUAUAAUUGAUAGUGGAAAGUAAAUAAGAUGGCAGAAAUUCUACAAUUAUUAAUUAAGACUAAUUUCAAUAGAAGUUUGAAUUCCAAAGCAUUUAUAUAAAUAAGACAGAUGAAAUAGCUAUUAAUGUUUUAUACUAAAAAAUAUGUAAUUAUUUAAUAGAAGAUAUUCGACAAUUCAAAUAUUCUCUAUAUUUAAUAGAGUCCCCAUAAUAAGAGGUUUAAUGUAAGUUUCCUUAUUACUCAUUAAAUUGUUCACAAUAACUUAGAUCAGAGUAAAUUCCGAAUACUAAAAUUACAGUGGGCAGAAAGAGCUGGAUUUAUUUUUAUUAUAGAGUUGAAUAGGCUGAAUAUUAGGUAAUUAAUAAUUUUCUAAAUAGUUAUUAAUAGAAAAUGGCAAAUCAGAUGUUGGAGUGUCAUUGGUUCCUUUUAAUAUUUCUCAUUCUACAAAGCUACCUUCUUUUAAUUCUUACUUUAAUUUGAUACCUUAAGAAUACAUCUAUCAAGUGAAAUUAAAACGAUAAGGAAAUGAAUCUGAAUCAGUGCUAAUAAUUGGUUUCUAUAAUUUUAAUCAAACAUCAGAGGCAGAAAUCAACUUAUCCUUAGAGGAAAUAAUUACUGAAGAUGUUUUCCCAAUUUGGGGGAUUAUGGUUAUAAUUGGAGUAAUAGUUUUAGCAAUUUUGAUUAUAAUUUACUUGGCGAUCCAAUUUAGAAGAUAAUUAAAAGUGCUUUCUCUAGAUAUUCCAGAGAUUGGUAUAGAAAUUUUAGAUAAAUAUAUGCCAUCUAAAAAGGCUUAAGUGGAAAUGCUGAAUGACUUUUGUUGUAUCUGUCUUGUAAAUUAUGAAGAAAAUGAUAUUGUGAGAGAAACUCCUUGUAAUCAUACUUUUCAUGAUAAAUGUAUAAUUGAAUGGUAAAUUAUCUUAAAAUAUAUGUUAAGGUUUAAAAAGAAUAAAAAUUGCCCAUAUUGUAGAUUGAACUUUACUGAAGAGGAGUUUUAAAGAUUAAUGAUUUAAAAAUAAACAGAUACAAGUCCAGAAAAUAAAAAAAAUUAAAACUCUAAUUUUAUUUAAAGAGUUACAAGUUUAAAAAUUAUUUAAACAACAUCUCUGUAAUAAAGAAGAAAUCUAGAAGAUUCAAGUUCUUAAUUAAAUUAAUUACAAGAAGUUCCAUAAUAAAAUUUUGUUUAACCAUUUAAUAUUUUUGAUUAACUUGAUUAAAAUUGA